AUGCGAUUAGUGCCUGACUUGGUGCCAGCGCUCACAUCCAGUGUCCUGGACGCGCUGAAGCGAGCCAACCUCUUCACUGUGAAUCAGUUUCUGUUUUGCGGCGAUGCACAAGUUGUUGCAGACACAGAGCUCCCCAUCACCACGGUAGUGCUGUUGAGGGAGCAGCUGCUGCAGCUCGAUGCGUACAGAAUACAAGUGCGCAGCGCACGCUCGAGCCUCGCCCGUGAAGAGAAGCACAGCGUGUCCACCGGAGUUCACACGAUCGACGACCUUCUCGGUGGCCGCGGAUUGCCAGCCGGCAAAAUCACACAGCUCUUUGGGCGCAGCUCGACAGGAAAGACCCAGGUGUGUCUGACGGCCGCUGCUUCCGCCGCCUGUGAAGGACAUCAGGUCGUGAUAUUUGACAGCAACUCAUCGUAUGCUGCAGAGAGAUUACGCGACAUCAUUGAGCAUAAGGCGGAUGCGUCACACCAGGCGGUGGAUGUGAAGAGCGCGUGCGAGCGGAUCCGAGUUGUGGCCGUGCGCGACCCUUGGCAACUGAUCGACGGCCUGCACCACCUCCUCUCGAUGCUAUCACCACCCUCGUCAUCCUUGUCAUCGUCAUUGUCAUCCUCACAGCCGCCACUGUUACCGUCGCCUGCCGCUUUGCAUCACAGCGCAUCAUCGACUUCGACGCUGAUUGUCAUUGACAGCAUUGGCAAUACCUUCUCUCCAUACAUUAGCUCCACGGCCAACGGUCACGCCUUGCUGGCCAGUGUGGGCGACAUCCUUCGGCGCAUCAUGCAAACCACACAUGCGGCGUGUUUGGUCACAAACUACCUCGUACACAGCGGGGCUCACCCCGAUGGUAAACCCGCCCUUGGCAGCGCCUGGGAGCGCACUCCUUUCAUCAACAUCAAGGUGGCCCGGGCCGACCCCAGCAGCUUGUUAACAACCCUUGAAGUGCUGCCUGCUUGCCCUUCUCGUAUCGAGGCGCAGGUUGGCGUCGGCUUUUCGGCGCAGGUGGGGCUCGGGCCGACCGGGGUUGUGGACCUAUCGACGUGA